AAGCAAAUCAAAAACAUUUCUUUUCUCAUAUUCUCCAUUCUCUUUCAAAGCAUCAAAUCUAUCACAAAAAUUCCAUCUUUCUUACCAAAUCCUAAUUAAAAAAAAAGAAAUUCUGGAAUAUAUAGUUGAGAAAAAUGGAUCAAAAUUUGCCAGUUAUAGCAAAGAAAUUCUGGAACAUAGUGCGUGUAGCUUUUUACAUGCUGAGGAAAGGCAUAUCAAAGAAGAAAUUCAUGCUGGAUCUCAACUUAUUAAUGAAGCGUGGGAAAAUCGCUAGCAAAGCUGCAUUUCAAAAUCUCAUGUUCCACCAUGCUCACCAAUGGUCCUCCUCCUCCUCAUCCUCAGCUUCUGCAGCUACUGUGGGCACACAAAGCGAGUACGAGUGCAGUUGCAGUAACACCCCAGCAUCGCACCAAACUUUUCACCUUCCAUUCAACUUCAACAAGCGUGGGGGUAAGCACCACGUUCAUCUCUUUCCGUGUGCACACGCGCCGGCUACUGCAGAUGACGAUGUUGUGAUAAUGAAUGCUGCUGUAAUGAAGGCUUUGGAAAUGAUUCAGAGUGCAAAUGCCUCGCCGGUGAAUAACUUGCCCGGGUUUGGAAGGACUCCAAAGGUGAGGCAGCUGAGGAUCACCGAUUCGCCGUUUCCAUGGAAGGAUGUUGAAGAAGAUAGUCAGGUUGAUGAAGCUGCUGAGAAAUUUAUUUCGAAAUUUUACAGGGAUUUGAUGAUGCAAGCUUCGCCUGGUGGCGCUUAAUAAUAGCUCUCUCACAAAUCCUAAGUAUAUAUAUAAAUACUAUAUGUUUCUCUGUAUGGACAAUUUCAUGCAUGGAGAUGGUGGCCAUUGCAAUAACAAACAACGACGACACAGGAACUACUGUCAGUUGGAAGUUUAAGUAAAUUGGGAAGAAGAUUGGAAGCUAUGAAGAUUGUAUAUGCUUUUAUUGCAUGUAUUAAUUUCUGCUUUCCUGGGUGUUUUUUUUUUUUUUUUCUUCCCUUUGGGGGCAUUUUGGAUAUUUUUAUUAAAAAAAAAAGAAAAGAAAAUUGUAGUACUAUUAGUAUAUAGUUGGAUUUAAUGAAAUUUUGUCAUUUA